AAAUCUACAACAAAAUGAAUGUUGAAAAAAUCAAUGACAACAGCUUGCAACAAAUCUGAAUAAACAGGAUAGAUAAAAUCUUUUAUUUAUGUCGUUCUACAUGAGAGGGCAAGGAUUUUUAAACCCUUUUAUAUACACAAACUUUUAAAUACAUAUAUGUAUAUAUAUAAACAUUUGUAGAAUAAAUAGUUUAAAUUGAGUAUUGCGUGGCAUUUGAGUGUGUAUAGAUAUAGAUAUGUUCACCAUGUGUGUAAGUUUGUAAAAUGCUAGUUUGUGAUGGAAAAGGAUCGUAUAAUUCGGACUGAAACUGGACCACCAACACAGCCUAAGCUUUUAGCAUAUAUACCGGCUGUAGCCAGACUAUGGACCUUGGCCACUCUAGCACUCAUGUGGUCUACCAGCAUAACAACUCUUCAGUUUGCUUCAGGGACGCCAUUAUACUGGGGUUGGUACAUAUUAGGAGCCAGUAUUUUAGUAACGCUAUUAGAACUAACUUGGAUGAUACAUAAAUGUUCAUGCUGCAGCAAAGAGGGAUGUUGCUGUAGAUGUUGGUCUGUGAUCAUGUGGAUAGAUAACUGGAAGAAAGGCAUUUUAUACUUAUUACUUACUAUACCUAUAUUUCUGAUUGGUACAAAAGUUAUUCUAGGUUUUAUUUCAGGUCUAGCUUUAAUUAUAGCAGGACUUUUAUACAUUUUAAAGACGUUCAAAGAAGGGAUUAUUUACACAAUCAGAGAAACACGUUACAUAAAAACCUACACACCUCCAGUAAAUGUAAUAUCAUGUCAUACACAGACUGAAGAGGAGAAAAUUACAUAUGAAGACUUUGAACCAAAUGCUGGAUACAAAUAUUACCGACAGGGGAAAUGAAUGAGUACAAAAUUUCCAUGCAAAAAAACCUUUUAGGCUUGAAUUUUAUAAAGAAGGGAAGUAAUUCAUGGAAGUGAUCCAUGAGU